AUGAGCGAGUCUUUUCGUCAGCUACAGUCCGAAUUGGAGCGCCAAACGCGCGAUAUCGAAGAAUGGUGGUCCCAGCCACGCUGGCGGAGGACGAAACGAAUCUAUUCUGCUCGUGAUAUCGCCGCCAGACGUGGCACGCUUGCCCUGGAGACCAACAAUGUGUCUUCCCUCAUGGCCCAGAAACUGUACCGGCUGCUGGCGGCCCACCACGAACGCCGGACCGCCAGCAGGACGUUUGGGGCCUUGGACCCGGUUCACGUCACCCAGAUGGCGCGAUUUUUGGAAACUGUGUACGUGUCCGGCUGGCAGUGCUCGUCCACGGCUUCCACCAGCAACGAGCCGGGUCCGGACUUGGCGGACUAUCCCAUGGAUACGGUGCCUCACAAGGUGGACCACUUGUUGAAGGCCCAAAUCUUCCAUGAUCGCAAGCAGUGGGAAGAAAGGAGCCGGUGCCGGUCAGCUCGAGAACUAGAGAGCCUGGGGCCCGCCGUAGACUACCUGCGGCCCAUCGUGGCAGACGCGGACGCAGGGCACGGCGGUAUCACCGCAGUGUUCAAACUGACCAAGAUGUUCAUUGAGUCCGGAGCCGCAGGAAUCCACAUCGAAGAUCAAACGUCAACCAACAAGAAAUGUGGGCACAUGGCUGGUCGGUGCGUUAUUCCGGUCCAAGAACAUGUCAGUCGACUGGUCACCGUAAGAAUGUGCGCGGACAUCAUGCAUUCGGAUCUGGUGGUGGUGGCUCGCACGGACUCCGAGGAGGCUACGUUGAUCAGCUCGACCAUUGAUCCCAGGGAUCAUUACUUUAUCGUAGGCGCGACAAACCCACAUUUACAAACGUCCUUGUCCGAGAGCAUGGAUGCCGCUAUCUUGAAAGGGCACAAUGGGCAGCAGUUGCAAGAUCUGGAGUCUCGCUGGUGCAAAAAAGCUGAUUUGAAGCUGUUUCACGAAGCAUUUGCAGAUAACGCCCGUAAACACAAGCCGGCCCAUUGUGAGCAGCUGAUCAAAGAAUUCAAUGGCCAAGUGGGACCUCUGAGUGGUGUAUCCAAACGACAAAUGCAAUCCAUUGCUCGCGAACUGCUUGGCUUUGAUAUUUUCUUUGACUGGGAGUUGCCCCGCGUCAGAGAAGGCCUGUACCGUUAUAAGGGCGGCACGCAAAGUAGCAUAAUGAGGGCCCGCGCCUUUGCUCCUUAUGCUGACUUAGUUUGGAUGGAAUGCAACUCCCCUGACUACAAUCAGGCCAAAGCGUUUGCCGAAGGCGUCAAGGCAAAAUUCCCCGAUCAAUGGCUAGCCUACAAUUUAUCGCCCUCGUUCAAUUGGAACAAGGCUAUGGCCCCCGAUGAAUUGUCAACUUUCAUCGACCGACUCGCGAAGUUGGGUUACAGCUGGCAAUUCAUCACCUUGGCAGGGCUUCACACCAGUGCGCUAGCGGUAAGUGUCUUUGCUCGGGACUUCGCAGAGAGGGGAAUGUUGUCUUAUGCGGAAACUGUACAGCAGCAAGAAAUCGAUCAAAAGGUGGACAUUGUCAAACAUCAAAAGUGGUCUGGUGCUGAGUAUAUCGAUAGUUUGCUCAAACUCGCACAAGGUGGUGUUAGUGCUACCGCUGCAAUGGGCGUAGGUGUGACCGAAGAACAGUUCCGGGAAAAUGUCAAGCUGUAA